AUUUAUCACCUGCCUUAUUCAGAUGGAUACUUUAUACACAUCGGGUCAUCUCCAUGGAUUCCCAACAAAUUUCAACAUAUCAUCGACAUCAUCGUUUUACAAUGCGAUGGGUUCAUCGACGUGGGGAAGUCAAGAGGGAGUUGUUGCUUUAGGUGUUGUGCUUGGAAGUUCAAUUUCAUUAGUGGGAUUAGCGUUCGCAUUCAUUACUUAUAGUCUAUUCAGUGAUUUGAGGUCAUUGGCUGGAACAACGCUGCUGAGUUUGCUGGCAACUUUAUUCAUGAGUCAACUACUGUUUGUCAUUGGUGUCGGUGGAAUUCAGGAUACCGAACUCUGUUUAUCACUCUCAUUAGCAUUGUUGUUUAUGAAGCUAGCAUCGUUGUGUUGGAUUUGUUGUUGCUGUCAUCAUUCAUUAAUUAUUUUUCGGAAAAAUACAAACAUAUCCCUUCAGCCUGAACAGAAAAUGGGAAAAGUUUUCGCACAUUACAGUUUAUUUUCAUGGGGAUUUCCAUUAUUGAUGUUAAGUGUAGCUGCUGCCUUCAUUUACAAAGAACGUGAUGCUAAACUCUCAUCGAAACUAAAUCAACUCGUACAUAGUGAACAUAAUGGUUCAAGUGAAAUUCACUGCUGGUUGAUGCAUGGAUCGAGUUACAUUUGGGGUUUUUUGGUACCAGCAAGCAUUCUUCUUUUUGUCGGUUUCUAUCUGUCGGCACAACUUUCAGGAGCUGUCAAACUUACUGCUGCACUUCAAAUUGACCAACGAGCACGAAACAAAAUCAUAAAGCGACGUGGUCUACAAAUAGGGUUGUUCUUUAAGCUUUUGUUAAUAUUGUCGACUGUUCAAAUUGUCGGAGCAAUUGCUUCUUUCGGUAACAUUGAAGAGCUUUGGGCUGUUUAUAGCGUUGUUCAAGGAAUACAGGGUCUUCUUGUAUCAAUGCUGGUUUCAUGUAAUUGUAAGAUUCUUCGAAUCUACGCUCAACCUCGUGGAACGAAGAAACGAAAAGAAAAUUACACGACUUUGAGAGAUGGCGAAGGCGGACGUUUUGGCAUUUUAUCAGUGACAAAUCCAAAUUAUGAAAACUUCACAACGUCUCAAUCACCAUCAGGAGAAUGUGAUCAAAAUUUCGUAAAAAUGACUUACAAAGAAGACAACUUCGUAGAGAGAAAUGAGAACAUUCAAUAUCAAUCAAUAAAUGACAAAAUUUUUGGCGACUUGACAAGUGCUGUUCACAUCAACGAGAUUGUGAAUGGUCCAACUCCUAUGACUGUUUAAAUAUUGAUAAAAUAGAGAUUAAGGAACCACAUGUACUUGUAUGAUACUCAGCCUGCGGUAAAAUUUAAUGCUUUCAAGCGUAUUGUUCACAGAAAUGAUAAAUUUAAUCAACUCUUCUAUUCGAUUUGCUUCUCUUCGGACUACGUGAGAAAUGGAUUUAGAAAGAAAGGACAAUAAAUUGUAUUUUUCGAGCACAAGUCUACCAUUGGUUCUUCAAACCCAAAAGAAAUAAGAAAACAAAGGGAAACACAACAUCAUACAUCAGAGGGAAUGAGAAAUGUUGUGAAGAGUAGCACCAAAGCCCACUGCAAAGUUUUGUUGUCGAGAACGCCUCAAAAAGAUGGUUGUCAUCGGUUGAAGAGACUGACAACGUUUGAAAGGAAACCUUCAUUUAAAGAUGUGAGGUUGACAUGAAUAAAACAUUCUAAUACCUUAUCAAUACAGAAAAGAACUCUAAACCUCACUUGAUGACUGACAGAAGAUGAGAGUAAACACUCAAUACUAAGCCCAAUGACUUAAGUCAAUCAUUUCGAUAUCUGUAAAAGAUGAAAAAUCAUUCAUCUACUGGUGAAAUGUUUUUCAGUUCUUUUUCCUUUUCUCAACACAAAAAGAAAGAAACCGACAAAAAAGAAUGGAAGAAUGAUUAAAUUAUGGGGAAUUCUAUUAAAUAUAUUUUAUGUCAAACAAUGAUGGUAAAUCAAUCAAUAUUGAUAUUUUAGAUCAACUUUUUCUUUUUUCCAUUGAACUGAAAGAAUCCAUCAUGUCUGUAAUGAAAUGAGAAAGAAAAUUUAUUUAUAAGAGAAUAAGAAAAAGAAAAAAAAAUAAUAA